UGCCUUCCCCUCUUCACCAUCUCUCUCCCAUCUGCUUUUCAACUCGGGUUUCAAUUCAAAGGAUCUGUGUCGUCCUGUAGGGUUCAUAAUUCUGUUCACUAUUUCUCGGAACAGAUUACCCACAUCUUCUCCGCAGAUUGUGCAUUAAUUUGUGGGGGCAAGAAAUGAAGUACAAAGAUGAGAACAAGUCUGGAAGACAACCUGAGAAAAGUUCAAGGGUGGUGCUAAUUGGAAUAAUGUUUGUGGUGCUAUGUGGAUUCUCAUUUUAUCUUGGUGGGAUCUUUUGUUCUGAAAAGAACAAAAUUUCUGUUGAACAGGUUUCGAAACCGGGUGACACUAGAGAAGCAGAAAAAACUGAUUCUAGCGCGAUACAGGUUAAAUCGGUUUCGUUUCCUGAAUGUAGUGUUGACUUACAGGACUACACACCCUGCACCGAUCCAAAGAGAUGGAUGAAAUACGGGCGGCACAGGCUUACAUUUAUGGAGCGCCAUUGCCCGCCUGUGUUUGAUAGAAAGGAGUGUUUGAUACCGCCACCUGAUGGCUAUAAGGAGCCUAUCAGAUGGCCAAAGAGCAGAGACGAAUGUUGGUACAGGAAUGUCCCGUACGACUGGAUCAACAAACAGAAGUCAAACCAGCAUUGGCUAAGGAAAGAAGGAGAAAAAUUCUACUUUCCGGGUGGUGGUACUAUGUUCCCCAAUGGCGUUAGCGCGUACGUGGAUUUAAUGCAAAACCUAAUCCCGGGGAUGAAAGAUGGAACCGUCCGUACUGCCAUCGAUACCGGUUGUGGGGUUGCUAGCUGGGGAGGUGACUUGCUCGAUCGUGGCAUCCUAACCGUUUCUCUUGCCCCAAGAGAUAACCAUGAGGCCCAAGUACAAUUCGCAUUAGAGCGCGGUAUUCCUGCGAUUCUUGGAAUCAUAUCUACACAACGUCUUCCAUUCCCGUCAAAUUCAUUCGAUAUGGCUCAUUGUUCACGAUGCCUCAUCCCAUGGACAGAAUUCGGUGGAAUUUACCUUCUAGAAGUACACAGAAUCCUAAGACCAGGAGGCUUUUGGGUCCUCUCAGGUCCACCGAUUAACUAUCAAAACCGAUGGAGAGGUUGGAACACAACAAUAGAUGAACAAAAAUCGGAUUACGAUAAACUAGAAGAGCUUUUAACUUCAAUGUGCUUUAAAAUAUACAACAAGAAAGAUGAUAUAGCAGUCUGGCAGAAAUCAUCAGAUGAGAGCUGUUACAAACAGCUUGAUGCACCAGAUAACUACCCGACAAAAUGUGACGACGGGACCGAGCCUGAUUCCGCGUGGUACACCCCGUUGAGACCGUGUGUGGUUGUGCCUAACUUAAACCACAAGAAACUGAGCUUGGAAUCAGUCCCAAAAUGGCCUGAAAGAUUACAUGAGGCCCCGGAUCGAAUUGUUGAUGUUAAAGGUAGCCAUGUUAGCGACUUUAAGCGUGAUGAGAGUAAGUGGAAAAACAGAAUAAAGCAUUACAGAACGUUGCUUUCGGUUCUUGGAAGUGAUAAGAUACGGAAUGUGAUGGAUAUGAAUACCCGUUAUGGAGGUUUUGCUGCUAGUUUGAUUGAUGAUCCACUUUGGGUGAUGAAUGUUGUUUCAUCUUAUGCUCCUAACACGCUUCCUGUGGUGUAUGAUAGGGGCUUAAUCGGAACUUAUCACGACUGGUGUGAGGCGUUCUCGACGUAUCCUAGAACAUAUGAUCUACUUCAUCUAGACGGGCUCUUUACAUCGGAAAGCCAUAGGUGUGAGAUGAAAUAUGUGCUGCUGGAGAUGGAUCGGAUAUUGAGACCAAACGGGUAUGCGUUCAUGAGGGAAUCAAGCUAUUUUGUCGAUAAGAUCGCUACAAUUGCUAAAGGGUUGAGAUGGGAUUGUCAUGUAGAAGACACUGAAGAUGUUAAUAACAAGGAAAAGAUUUUGAUUUGCCAGAAAAAGCUUUGGUACUCACAGCAAAACUCAUAGCAACAAUAAAGAUAAGAAAAGGUUGUCAUUUUUUCAAGAAACCAGCAGACAGAUAGUUAAAUUAAAGAAUCAUUAAGUUGGUAUUUCAUUAAUAUUAUACAUAAGAGUUUUCAAAAAAAAAAAAAAAAGAGGAAAAUUAGUUGGGCAUAAAUUUGAAAUCAAGCUGGUAUAGAUGUUUGUGUAGUAGAAGAAAUAUAAGUUGAUUUUGGUUAUAUUUUUGUAACAAGAACCAGAUAUGCUUUGUUUUUCUUGUGCUUUGUUCUUCAAGUUGGUUAUUUGUAAGUUCCAAAUUCUUAUUGUAUCUAAUUGGAUUUGCUUUACUGGUUU